CUCCUCCUCUUCUCCUUCUUCCCUCUUCCUCUUCCUUUUUCCUUCAGCAACCGGCAAAAGGCAGGAAGAAGAGAAGAAGAAGAAUCACGCCGUACUCCUUUCUUGGUUCUUCUUUUCUCAGGAAGCUCUCUGCUGUUUUGCUCCUUCAUUUUGCUUGUGCUAUUCAGGCUCACGAGCGACCAGUGAAAAUCCACUAGAGCUUUCUAUUCCUCGUAGUCGCAGAAAAUGGCGAUGACGGUUGAAGGCUUGCCGGUCUCGCUUUUAUGUUCUCAGCUAGUAUUCUGCUACAAAUACUGGCCUGUGCAAUAUACACAAUUGGUGGCCCAUGUUAUCAGUUGGAUAGAUGCUGCAAAGUUCCUCACGGGAGCAUCAGCCGUUGGGAGCUUAGCGAUUCCUAUCAUCCUUAGACAUGCCAAUAUGAUUGAAACAGGGGCAAUGUUCAUCGAGUUCACGUCGUUCUUCAUCUUUGUAUGCACAGUCAUGUGUUUUCAUCGAGCUAGCUUGGAGGACGACUGGUGAUGCGCAUUCGUUCUGUCCAGUUGGGAACUAAAUUCCUGAUGUAACUCUUGUUUUUUUUUUUCCGGACAAAAACUUGAUCGAAAGAUGAUAGAGCAUCGUUACCGGCUUACCGCACUAUUGCCCUGUAUAUCCACUUCAUUUCAUGUAUAUCAAUUACACAUUACAAGUUGCAACAACGAAGUUGUGGCUCUCCGAACUCGAUCAGACAUCAUCAUCGGGCUCUGCGAUGUAAGAGACUCUUCACAUCGAACUGGC